UGUUUUGAACACGGUAAAGUUCACCUGUCUGUUGCGAUGACCGCAUCUACACUCUCCCCGUGGUCACUUCACGUGCUAUUACUCUACCUUUGCUGCAGAUGUUCAGUAGCCUCUGCGAUCGUCAAUACGACUUAUGGACCCGUCAACGGGUCAGUGAUAUCACUAUCGACGAACAAGACAGUUAUAACCUAUCUCGGCAUACCGUUUGCCAAAGCGGAACGUUUUGAAUAUCCGGUUCCUCCGGACAAGUGGACUUCAACACUGCAAGCAAACAAGACUGAUAAGAUUUGCCCACAACCUGAUCUGCCCGGUCAGCCGAGUAGACUCUCACUUAUGAGCGAGGAUUGUCUUCUGCUAAAUGUGUAUGUCCCAGGCAAUGCCACAAACAACUCUCAGCUUGCAGUUAUGUUGUGGAUUCAUGGCGGUGCGUAUAUCAUAGGGGAUACUCUGUUUUACGAUGGUAGCCUCCUGGCAACCGAGGGUAACGUGAUUGUUGUCACGGCUGCUUAUCGUUUGGGCGUCUUUGGGUUCUUGAGCUCCUAUAGCGAUAAUUUGAAAGGGAACUACGGCAUGCUGGAUCAGAUAGCGGCCUUGAAAUGGGUGAACAAAAACAUUGAAAGGUAGGUUCAGUCGACUGCUUUUAUUGUCGCCUGCUAUGAAUGUUCUUUAAAAGAAGGACUGACCAACCUUGAGGUAAGAUCAACUCAUUAAUCACCUUUUACCUCACUCCUCCUCGAUUAUCUUACUCAUGGAAGCGUGACGCGUUACGACUCUGACAACUUUCAAAGUUCAAAGAUGAGCGCAACAGAGAAAGUAACGAACAACAAAGUGAGCGUAAGAAUGAUUGAAGAAACAAAACGUAGAUUGCAUGACAGAAGAACUGAAUAUUUUUAUAGCAAUCACGAGUAGCUGAGUCAACUGGUCAUAUACCAGUAAUGUUAGCAGCGAAAUAAUAAUAAUAAUAAUAAUAAUAAUAAUAAUAAUAUAAUAAUAAUAAUAAUAAUAAUAAUAAUAAUAAUAAUAAUAAUAAUAAUAACAAUAAUAGCAGCGAAAAGCGUUAAAUUUUAAUAUAUGCAAAUUUCUCACUUCUGUCAUUGUUGUUGUUCCUCAAAUUUUGAUUAGUUACUUAUCUUAAAUUUAAAUUUAGUCGCUCUUUUAUCCUCAUCGGUCACUUCUUAAAAUGUAUGUUCACACUAAAGAAACGUUAGUUUGUUUGUUUUACAACAACGCGUCUCAUCGCAAUGUUUAUCACCGCAGUUUGCGUGUUAAAUCCUUUGUUAAGUCUAAUACCAAGGCCAGAGAAAAGAGUAUUUACCUUUGUUUGUACUGGGUAACAAACUGCAGAACACAUUAACCCUUUAAGUCCCAAUAUCCACAUACAAAUUCUCCAAACUGAUCUCCAUACUUUUCCUUGAAGAAUUAGUUGAGAGAAUUCGGUAAAAGAUCAAAUAUUUUUCUCUUUGUGAUCAUUUUGUUAAUUCUCAUAGACUUUGCUCAUGAUAGUCUUUGGAUAUCGUUAGGAGAAAAUUGAUUUUGAGCACUAUUGGGACUUAAAGGGUUAACACCCUUCCCAGAUCGCCUGUGAAAGAAGCCGAAGGCUUCGCCCUCAAGAGAUCUGGGAACGGGAUUAUUCUUCGCUGUCAUCACUGUAUUUAUUUCGGUAUUUAUUUUGGCUCAAGAUUUGGCGGAGAUUCUAGGAAAGUCACUAUAUUUGGUGAGUCGGUUGGCGGAAUGAAUGUUGCGCUGUUGCUUCUGUCCCCGUUGGCCAGCGGUUUGUACCAGAACGUUAUCAUACAGAGUGGAACGGCAGUUACUUUGUCAGCACUGUUUGAAAAAGAUGAAGCUGAAUUGCGAGCAAGGUAAAGCAUUUAUCAGAAUUCAGCAUUUUGGCUGUCCUCUCUUCAGGUAACAUUUAAUGUUCUCUUUUUCUCUGUUGUUGCAUUUCUGUUACGUGUGGCAGUUUUUCUUUUUCUUUUUUGCUUUAUUUAUUUUUUUGUUGAUCGUUUUCCUAGGAGCUUCGCUGAAAAUGUGGGAUGCGAAAUGGCUUCACUGAAAGCCUGUGCGAAAAAGAAAUCAUUCCAAGACCUUUCAUCCGCUCAAUUAAAAGUGUUUGAUUAUCUCAACUUUUUCCGCUUUGCACCGGUUGUGGAUGGUUAUUUUAUGCCAGGUAUGUGUUAUGCUAUAAUCAAACAAUGUCUCUCGCAGGGACAACCAGUAUGGGAAUUGUAUACUAUUUCAUCUCUGGGUCUCUAUUUUUGGUUUUGGUUUACAACGAAUGGUGGGCUCCUCAGGAUGAUCUUUUUUAGUUUAUUUAUUAUUUCUUUUAGCUCCAUUUUUUUUUUACAAUCUAGUAAUUAUUUACUUAACAUUCAUCUAGUACUUACAACAAUAAUAAAUAAUUACUAGCUUUGACUUCCUUGGUCUUGACGUCGAGGCUGAAUAACCUAGUUGUGGCAGUGCUAGAAACUUGCUUGUUACUUAACUUUUAUUAACUUAUUGCCCUCCUUUUGUAAUCAUUUUGAAUUUUGUUGUGUGGCAAAUUAUUAAAGGGACACCGUCAGCUGGCGCACAUGCGCAUUAGAUAUCAUUUUAUAGCUAAUUUGCAUAUAUUAAACGGAGACGCGAUAAAUAUUGUUUUUAACCAGGUAUGAUAAAAAUAAUAUCAUAGUAUGAUAAUAUCAUAAUAUCAGUAAACGAUUGAAAAUCAAGCAAAAUACUGCAAAAUUGGAGCGGAUUUCUAUACAUGAACUUUGAUUCCAGGUUGGAGUGAAUGAUUCGCGCUAACGUAGCGAAGCGUUACUUAAAUUUGAAAGCUACAAUCGAUGCACAGAUAGCCGCUUUAUUUGUGCACUGGUUGCCAACGGGUAACAUCAUCGGCAACAAUCAAACUGCAAAGCAAAUGAGAGAUUUGCGUUUCUAAUAUGAAAUUACACUUGUAAGGCUGAAAUAUUCGCAGCGAAAUGCUACUUACAAUUCUGUUGGGUAAUCCAUACAUCUUUACACGGCUCUUUACAUGAUCUUUAGCGGAUGUGUUCGGGUUGAUUGCAAGGCAAGUAUUUAGGUACGUUACGCCUAUAAAAUAUAAAAAGGCUAAUUCGUCGCCAGAUCCUUUGCGACUACAUUUUGGCGCCAAAACGGAACAGCUACACAAAAAGUUAUUUACUUGAAGCAUAAAUUGGAAGUUUUACUGCACAAGCGCAAAUCGGUGAACUUUUUUUGAAAGUGAGAAGGUUAGCGCAGUUCCAAAGCUGACUGUGUCCCUCAAAAUAAAGAACGAAACAAACCAAUAAAUAAAUAAGUAAAUUAUCACAACUCUUUCAAACAAUGUGUGAUUUCUUGCUCUCCAUAUAUCUAAAUUUGUUUGCAACUUGCGUAUUUAUUUAAAAUGAAAGCUUAAUUAAUUUUUUGUCCUGUCAUUAUACGAAACAUGAACCCCUAAUACACUUACCGGACUGCGCAUUCAUUUUAGAUUUAAGGAUUGCUUUUAUUUUUCCCCAUUUUCCUAAUCAAGACCAUCCUCGGGAUUUUUAUCAGCAAGACUGAUCCAAGAUCAGUCGGAUUUUGGUGCAUCAAAGGAAGCGAAGAAUCCACCCUGAGCAAGGAUUCGCCGCUUCCUUUAAGUACAAUGAUCGAAGUGAUUUUGGAUCAUUGAUUGUGAUCAAGAUGGUCUCGAACGAAUGCACCCUACGCGGUAGUUCUAUAACUUGAUUUCCCGCAAUAAAAUGGCGUUUCUUUUAACGGUAUACUAACACUUUCUACUAUAGUUACUUUUAUUUUAUUUUGUGUAAAAUGGACGAUAUUCUUUUUGAAGAAAAUCAUUGCACCAAGCCAUCAGUAAUUGAGUUGGGUUCUUUAUUCACUCAGUGUACAAACUGUUUCGCUCUCUAUGCAUUGGCUUUAGAGUGGACAUUCAAGACCACGGAAAAACUAACGGGAAAAAAAACAACUUAAGUUUAUGUCAGUGCAUGUGUUAAAAUAUACGAAUAUGAUCUUAUCACUCUGUGCAUCUUACUAUUACCUGAUUGUUCCAGACUCCCCCAUCAAACUCCUUAAGGCCGGCAAGUUCAACAAGAGCAAUGUCAUGAUUGGAUUCACAAGAGAUGAUGGAACAGUCUUUGCCAAUGGUUUUCCAGGUUGAACUGACUGAAUUGAUUUGAUUUAAACAACCGGCGAUGGGCAGAUUGAGUUGCUAAUAAGGUUCAUUUUGCCAUAGUUGAUAGAAGGGAAUCGUUAUGAAACUCGACAAAGUUCUUUGUUGUAUGUUUUUGCUCUCAUUUUUGGCCUUGACCCUGCACAAAACACAAUAGUUGCCUUCCACUGACCGAGGAACUAACCAAUAGAAACGUUUUGGUUACGUAACUCAUGCAUAGUGUAUGAAGGCAAAACAAAAGAUUGUGCACGGUGUGGACCUUCCAACAUAAAUCUUGGCAUCUUUGUUUGCUCCUUUAAUGUUUUUCGGGCGUCAUAGCCAUUCCCCUCUAUUAACUAUGAUUCUGCUAUAGUGAUAGGCACCCAAAUUAACUUUAAAUCUAAUAAUCAGCACUGUUGAAAUGCGAGAUCACUGAAUGUUAAAUCAAAAUGAUAGAUGUAUCGUUUUCAUUCUCCGCCCUUGCCUCAUUAUAUAUCUUGUGACGGUGGUAGUAAUAGAUCUAGUAAUGAUAACCGUUACAAUAAAACAUAGCAGUAAUGUAACACUAACCCUAACGGUAGUAGUAACAGUUCUGACGGUCUGUCUCAUUGACUGACUGGGUGGCUGACUGACUUACUGACUGACUGACUGACUGAAGGACGAACGGACUGAAUAAAUGACUGACUAGCUUACUGAAGGACGGACGGACGGACUAAAUAAAUGAUUGACUGACUGAUUGGCUGCCUGACUAAGUGGCUGCCUGAAUGACUGACUGAAGAACGAACGGACUGAAUAGAUGACUGACUGACUGAAGAACGGACGGACGAACUAAAUAAAUGACUGACUGACUGAUUGGCUGCCUGACCGACCGACUGACUGACUGACUGACUGAUUGACUGACUGACUGAGUGACUGACUAACUGACUGACUGACUAACUGACUGACUGAGCGGCCGAUCGACCUUCCGAUCGACUAAUAGUGCGCGAGUGAAUGAGUCGCUAUUAGCUACUAUUAUUCGAGAAUGCUGAUUCAUGCACUAAUUUCUACUAUCCUAUUUGUCUUCAGGUGUCAUGCCAGCUCUUGACCUAUCUAAAGGAAUGUCAAGGAAUUUGUUCGUAGACGUGAUCAAAAAUCGAAUGUGGACGCGAAAUCAAAACUCUCAAAUCCUCGACUUGCUGAUUUAUGAAUACACAGAUUGGUCAAAUGCCACCGAUCCUUAUCUCCUACGCCAGCAGUUUAUUGACAUGAACACAGACGCAAACUUCAAAGCACCCGCUAUCCAGUCGGCCAAUGAAUUUGUAAAGAAAGAAUCUUCAACAUACUUGUAUCAACUUGAAAUAGCACCUAAAAGAUUUUCACGUAGUCUACUGCCAAUACCCUCCUGGUGGGGGAUAUUUCAUGGAGCUGACAUUGCUUACACGUUUGGUUUUCCUCUGUUAAUGCCCAAGAACUUUACAACUACGGCAGAAAUAAGCUUCAGCAAGGAAAUGAUGACGAUAUGGGCUAACUUUGCCAAAACAGGGUCAGUAUAUAUUUAACAAGAGAAGCUAUGAAUUACUCUCAAUCGUAAUUUCUCGUUUUCUAGUGGUUAGGCUGGUGAAAACACUCCUCACCUGCUAGAUUUGUUCCGAAAUAUAUCGUUACUGGUUACUUGACUCUACAGAUGUCUCUACAAAGUUUCGCAAAUUUGAUCCUAUGCGAGAAAAUUUAACUGCAUCUGAGGAAACAGCGGUCAGAAAAACUACACCUAUUCCAAUAGAACUACGUUGCUUGCAUGAAACUUUUUUUUAGAUCGAAUCUUCGAGGCCUCCGCAGAAUUAAGAAUGAGAGACAACCUACUCUAGUAAAAUACUACACGUUUUGGCAUUAUUUAGCACUUAAAGAUUGGCUCCAAGGGAAACAGUGAGACCCUUGAGGUCGAGGGGAACAAAACUCACUACUUGAUGUAGGCACUACUUACCAUAUUUGGUAACUACCCGGACCAUUACGUGAGAACCUAUUUUGCUUGCGGUUAGCUUUCAUUGGUAUGUUAGGGUACUGUAUAGGCUCUGGCUCACAAAUUAAUAUUCUAACAGGGUGUUUCGUUAACAGAACCGGAAAUAAACUCGUGAUUACAAACAUUGAUUUAGUUAAAGAUUAAGGACAUUGAUUAACAUUUUGAGAUUACUAGAUUUUAUGCUGUUUUUACUCAUUGUCGGGUUUCAAACAGAAGUAUUUUGCUAACCGGUAUUGCUCACGAGUACCAGAGAUUCAAGCGAACAAGUUUAAGGCUAACCCGUUUUAAGCUACGACCCGCCACAGAAGUGAGUAAAGCAUGAUUGUGAAAUUAGACUUUCUAAUUGAGGUAUUUUUCAGUGAAAUCAUUUUUCUAGAGAUUAUGAGCGAGUUGCUUAACGACGAAUUGUAUUGCUCUGUUUCAGAUCGAAUAAUAUAAUUGCUUCAGUUGCUUAUGCUACAGAUGUUAGAUUCAAUGAACAUCAAACGAUUGAUUAUACGAUAUGUGGUGGUCGUUGGAAUACGCAGUGUAUGACUACGUAAAACACAGGGAUCCGUGGCUUUCGGGACAAAGGCCUAUAUUUUUGGCGUUGUUUUCUUUGUAUCCAAGUGUCUUUUGGCAACUGAGGAACAAAAGAACCUUUGAAAUGUGCAAUUUUGGCCCGAAAGCCUCGGAGCCAUGUUAGAAUACGUGGCCUAUUUGCCGCGGUUUCAACGAGCACAACCUGAUCACGUGCGAGUCAAAAGUUCAUGUUGUUGUAUUCUCAGGGAGGUAGUGAGGCUUGUUCGCCCUAGGGAGUUAGUGAGUUUUGACCCACGACACGUGACUCGUUUUCCUCCAAUCGGAAAACGUAUUUGAGUUGGCAAGUAUAACAAAGAUAUUAGUUUAUCAUAUUACAAAUCUCAGUAAAAGAAGAAAAAAGAAGCCGCCAGCAGUCGUGAGCACAUGUGCCAAAUGAAAGUAACUUUAGUAAAAAAAAAAGGGAUGCCUGACUAGGGUUGAACAUGGCCAUGAAAAGAACUAAAAUAGUUCUCUGGUUUAAGGUUUAUUUAAAAUGCACUUUCGGCUAUCAGACUUUAGCCUUUGAUGGAAUCAGCAAUUCGAUCUGCUAAACGAAACCUCGGUUAUAGGGCUCCGCUAUUUUCUAGAAAUGAUUUUUGCCACGUUCGAUAAAGAUGAGUGAUUUUAUUGGAAGCUAAGUAAGUAUGUGUCAAAACGAUCAAAACGCUAGCUAUCUGAUUAUCUCUAACCAUUGCCAUUCAGUUCAGAGCUCAGAUCUAAUGUCACAGAUGCAUUUCCAUCAUGGCACCGUACAAUCCUCACUUCUCUGUAUGUGAUUUCAGAAAUCCCAAUAGACCAACGCCUUUAAGAACAAAUUGGCCCCAGUACACCGCUGAGCGAGGAGAAUACAUGGGACUUAGUUCAAAUAUGACAGUAAGGUACAAGAUGCGUCCAAAUAAGAUGGCUUUAUGGAAUGUGUUUCUACCAAGUCUUGGAGAAACAGUAAAACCAACCACAAGGAGCGAUGUACUGACAACAACUGGGAAAGCGGACGACAAGAAAGGUAUAACAAUCGAAUCUAAGUAUACAAAAUACACUGCAUGUAUCUCAUUUGAUUUCAUGUUUUUUUUUCUUCCUAAUUCUACUUCACAAGUAACUAUAAAUUAGAUACAGUCCAUAGAGUCUAAAAUGAAUAAGACUCGCCAAGCACUGACCAAAGAAAGUUCUUGAAAUGUCUGGAAAGUAAAAUUUGAAAAUGAUCGAUGUUUAUUUUUUUUCCUUUCCAGAUGAUAUCACGAUGGUCCUUGGUAUCCUAAUAGGAGUGUUUGUUGCUUUAGCUGUGAUUUUACUUUCCACAAUAUUUAACAGAAACAGAAUUAAAAAGGAUUAGAUUAAGAUUAGGUUUACAUAUAGAACGCUUUUAGUUUGAGUUUAAAAGAGGUUUGCAAGAUAAGUACGCUACACGAUUAGAAAAUCGCGUCACUUUUUCAUCCAAUCGGAAGUAAAACCAAAACUGACUCCUUGGAACAAGUUUUCCCGCGCUUAGCUUUAUUUAUUUAUUUAUUUAUUCAUAGUUAAGAUUUGGUUGAUUUUGUCGUCUGUGCUCUAUUGGUUUGGUUCACAACGCUUAAUUGAAAACCUCUCUAUAAAGAAAUCAAGUAUAGUAGAUAUGUUACUGACAAAUGAUGACUGUAAGCUUUGAGGCUAAAAUAAAG